UCAUCACUCACCACUCUCCUUCCUCGGCUCGUUCCCAAAAUGUACGCUCAGCUCAGGAUCGCCCCGUCAAGGGCAUCUCGGGCUCUCGUCCAGCGGCGCCUCCUGUCCAACUCGGCGCCUGUUCGCAACUCCCAGGUUCCCCUCUCGCCCGAGGUCGCCGGCACGCCCAAGAAGAGCGGCGGCUUCUUCCGCAAGCUCGUCAACUACACCAUUGUCGGCGUCCUCGUCUUCUACCCCGUCUCGGGCUACCUCUCGACCCAGUCCGAGACCUACCGCGACCUCUUCACCAAGGUCCCUGGAGGCGAGCAGGUUGCCGACUACGCCGACGACCACGACUGGGACCAGUUCGGCCCCGGCUCCAUCACCAAGAGCUUGCUCAAGCUCACCGGCUCGAGCAACAAGGAGGCCGACGCCAAGGUCGCCGAGGCUAAGAAGGCUGUCGACGACGCGACCGCUUCCGCUCAGGCCGCUGCUGCCGAUGCUGCCAGAAGGGCUAACGAGAUCAAGGAGGCUGCCACUGCCCGCGCCUUUGAGGCUCAGAAGGCCGCCAAGGCCAAGGCUGCUGAACUCGCCAAGCAGGCCUCCUCGACGGCCAACCAGGCUGUCAACGAGGCCUCUGAUGCCACCGCCAAGAUCUCCGACAAGGUUGAGCACGCUCUCCACGACGCCAAGAAGACUGUCGUUGACCCCGUUGCCGAGAAGGCUGCCGAGACUGUUGCCACCGGCGCCAAGGCGAUCGCUGAGGCCGCCGAACCCGUCUACCCCCUCCCCGACACUGCAAAGCCCCGCCAGCUCCGCCCCGAGACGGUUGUGCCCCAGAAGCCCUCCAACGAGGGCAAGGAGGAGUACAGCGGACCCAAGCUCCCUCUCGGCUUCGAGCCUCCCCCCGGCUACUACCUCAAGGGCCCUCCCCCCAAGGCCAAGACGCCUGAGGACGAGCCCCUGCCUCAGCUUGUUACCAAGGUCAAGGAGAUUGCUGCCAACGAGCCCAUCAUUUCGCAGCUCGCCUCGACCAUUGACUCGCUCACCACCUCGCUGUCUUCGAACAAGGGUGGCCCCAGUGCCCAGGCUGCCGACAUCCUCGACAAGGCCCAGGGUGACCUCAACGCCCUUAACCAGCGCUUGAGCGACAUCAAGAAGGCCGAGCAGGAGCGUCUUCAGAAGGCUGUUGACAGCAAGCAGGCCGAGUUUGAGGUGGCAUUGAAGAGCAAGCAGGAGGAGUGGCAGAAGGACGAGGAGGGCCUCAAGGAGUCGUGGGACGCUGAGCGCCAGAAGAUGAUUGACGGCUGGCGCUCGGUGCUGGAUGGCGAGCUCGACGCUCAGCGUGAGAGCAUUGAGGCUCGUCUCCACGACGAGGUUGUGUCGCAGGGUAUCGAGCUCCAGAGGCGAUGGCUGCGGUCGAUCAAGUCUCAGGUUGAGACUGAGCGUGGUGGCCGUCUCGCCAAGCUUGACCACCUGAACACGUCGCUCAAGCAGCUUGAGCGCAUCACCCUUGACAACUCGGCCGUCCUCGACGACAACAUCCGCCUGCACAAGGUCUGGUCGGCUCUCCGUGCCGUUCAGUCCAAGGCUGAGCGCGGUGACCAGUCGUUUGACGACGAGCUCCGCGUUCUCCAGGGCCUGACCAAGUCGGAGGCCGGUGCCAGCAAGGACCUUGUUGACGCCACCCUCGCGUCGCUCGAGGCUUCGGGUAUCGCCCAGACUGGUGUCAAGUCGCUCCCUGCCCUGUCGGCCUGGUUCACCAACGCCGUCGCUCCCCGUAUCCAGUCGGCUUCGCUUGUGCCUUCCCCCGAGGAGGCCGGCGUCGGCUCGCACCUUGCCUCUGCCACAUUGAGCAAGAUUCUCUUCCGCCCCAAGGCCGGUCUUGUUGACGGCGACGACGUCGCUGCCGUUCUCGCCCGUGCCGAGUGGGCCCUCCAGGCCAAGGACCUUGACGCUGCUGCCCGCGAGGUCAACUCGCUCCGCGGGUGGCCCAAGCAGCUCGCCGGCGACUGGCUCCGUGAGGCCCGUCGCCGCCUCGAGGUCCAGCAGGCUCUCGACAUUGUUAGCACCGACGCCACGCUCGCGUCGCUUCUGUUGGUCUAGGCGAUGACACUGGACACAAAAUAGGCUAGAUGCAUCUACAUGGGAGCAGGA